UGACAUCAUGUCAGUCGCCACUUUCACCAAAGAACGACACAUUAAAUACUUCCUCCGAUGCCUCAAGACCUUCCUCCCCCACCUCUACACCCCCAAUGACUCGAAUCGCAUGCUCCUCGCCUUCUUCACCGUCGCGGGGCUAGACCUGCUCAACGUGCUGGAGAGCAAAACCACCCCCGAAGAGCGACAAGGAUACAUCGACUGGAUCUACCACUGCCAGGUGCCGACGGGUGGCUUUCGCGGAUUUACAGGGACCGACUUUGGGAAAGACAGGCGCACGCCGGAGAACGCCGCGUGGGAUCCGGCUAAUGUCCCGUCGACUUUCUUUGCGCUGCUGAUGCUGGUCAUUCUGGGAGAUGAUUUGUCGCGCGUUAAGAGGGAAGAGUGCUUGCGAUGGCUGCCUAUGUUGCAGCGCGACGAUGGGAGCUUUGGGGAGGUGCUGGGGCCGAACGAUCAGAUUGAGGGGGGCGGGGACUUGCGAUUCUGCUGCUGUGGUGCGGGCACCCGGUAUAUACUUCGGGGGAGGAAUGAUGACGAUGUGAAGGAUAUUGAGGAUAUUGAUGUUAGCAAGCUGGUAGGGUUUAUCGAGGCCUGUCAGACAUACGACGGUGGAGUCGGAGAAGGACCCUUUUGCGAAUCGCAUUCGGGCCAUACAUACUGUGCCAUCGGCGCGCUCACUUUCCUGGGUCGCAUUUCCCCAGACAAGCCCACAGCUGCGCUUCUUUCACCAGAGACACCGGAGUUCAAUCUGCUUCUGAGGUGGCUAGUAGCAAGACAGACGGCCGAGCUAGGCGAAGUUGCGUCCGACGAAGAGGAAGAUGCCACCGAAGAACCUAGCCCUCCAAAACCAGUCGAAGGGCUUAGUCCAAGCGAGGCAAUCGACCAGCUCCCUACAAUCUCCCCACCAACAGCGGAAUCCUUACACUGGGCGGGUUUCAACGGACGCGCAAACAAGUUCGCUGAUACAUGCUAUUCUUUUUGGAAUGGCGCAACACUAGUCAUGUUGAAUAGAUUACCCCUCAUAGACGCCCCCCGGAACCGACGCUACCUCCUCGAAAAGACCCAACACAUAGUGGGAGGGUUCGGGAAGGCCGUCGGAGAACCACCUGAUCUACUCCACUCCUACUUUGGACUCGUUUCGCUCGCUUUCCAGGGAGAAGACGGCCUCGAUGGCGUCGAUCCCGCCCUGUGUUUGAGUCAUCGGGCUGCUGGGCAUUUGCAUUCUCUUCCCUGGUGGAAGGAGAGAGGCUGA